GCCUGCGGGGGAGGCUGCCCGGAGGAGGUGGCGACAGUGGCAGCAGUGCGCGUCCCCGGCCCCCUGGACCACGGCUUCCUUUCUGCCAGAUCCAUCUGUCCAUCCAUCUGUGUGGGUCCACAAUGGCCACCUUCAGCCGCCAGGAAUUUUUCCAGCAGCUACUGCAGGGCUGUCUCCUGCCUACUGUCCAACAGGGCCUUGACCAGAUCUGGCUGCUUCUUACCAUCUGCUUUGCCUGCCGCCUCCUUUGGAGGCUGGGGUUACCGUCUUACCUGAAGCAUGCAAGCACCGUGGCAGGUGGCUUCUUCAGCCUCUACCACUUCUUCCAGCUGCACAUGGUUUGGGUCGUGCUGCUGAGUCUCCUGUGCUACCUCGUGCUGUUCCUCUGCCGACACUCCUCCCACCGAGGCGUCUUCCUCUCCGUCACCAUCCUCAUCUACCUGCUCAUGGGUGAGAUGCACAUGGUGGACACCGUGACAUGGCACAAGAUGCGAGGGGCCCAGAUGAUCGUGACCAUGAAGGCGGUGUCUCUGGGCUUCGACCUGGACCGGGGCGAGGUGGGUGCAGUGCCCUCACCUGUGGAGUUCAUGGGCUACCUCUACUUUGUGGGCACCAUCGUCUUUGGGCCCUGGAUAUCCUUCCACAGCUACCUACAGGCUGUCCAAGGCCGCCCACUGAGCCGCCGAUGGCUGAAGAAGGUGGCCCGGAGCCUGGCGCUGGCCCUGCUGUGCCUUGUACUGUCCACUUGUGUGGGCCCCUACCUCUUCCCCUACUUCAUCCCCCUCGAUGGCGACCGACUCCUUCGCAAGUGGCUACGAGCCUACGAGAGUGCUGUCUCCUUCCACUUCAGCAACUAUUUUGUGGGCUUUCUGUCUGAGGCCACAGCCACAUUGGCCGGGGCUGGCUUCACGGAGGAGAAGGACCACCUGGAAUGGGACCUGACAGUCUCUAGACCGUUGAAUGUGGAGCUGCCCCGGUCCAUGGUGGAAGUUGUCACAAGCUGGAACCUGCCCAUGUCUUAUUGGUUGAAUAAUUAUGUUUUCAAAAAUGCCCUCCGCCUGGGGACCUUCUCUGCUGUGCUGGUCACCUAUGCAGCCAGUGCGCUCCUGCAUGGCUUCAGUUUCCACCUGGCUGCUGUGCUGCUGUCCCUGGCAUUUAUCACGUAUGUGGAACAUGUCCUCAGAAAGCGCCUGGCUCACAUCCUCAGUGCCUGCAUCUUGUCGAAGCGCUGUCUGCCGGACUGUUCACAUCAGCAUCGCUUGGGCCUGGGGGUACGAGCCUUAAACUUGCUCUUUGGGGCCCUGGCUAUCUUCCACCUGGCCUACCUGGGCUCCCUGUUUGAUGUCGAUGUGGACGACACCACAGAGGAGCAGGGCUACGGCAUGGCAUAUACUGUCCACAAGUGGUCAGAGCUCGGCUGGGCCAGUCACUGGGUCACUUUUGGAUGCUGGAUCUUCUACCGUCUCAUAGGCUGAGGCAUAAGACCUUCAUAAUCCCCUUCAAUACCCCUUCCUUAGGGUGCCAACUCUCAGGGGGGUGAGGGAAGACCCUUUCUCCACUCCUUGACCCCUCCAUGUUUGAGCCCCAACACCCCUCCACACAACAUACAGACAACACACACAGCCUUUCCAUGCCUGUCAAUCCUCACCCCACCACCAGGCAGGAAGGGGGUGGUCCUUCUCGGGGCCUAGAAAUGAUGGCUACUUGGGGAAGCAGAGAGGUGCAGUUCCAGGGCCUCCGCACCUGCCUGCUCCCUU